AUGGAGACUACCGUGUGUGUCUGUUGUCCCUGCUGCCCCUGGCUGCUGUGCUACCCGGAGCCAUGCGGCUGUCUGUGCUGUAAGUUCCUCUUCACCUCUGAGCGGAACUGCACCUGCUUCCCUUGUCCUUACAAGGAUGAGCGCAACUGCCAGUGCUGUCACUGCACCUGCUCAGAGAACCCCAACUGCCACUGGUGCUGCUGCUCCUGGGCCAAUGACCCCAACUGCAAAUGCUGCUGCACUACCAGCAGCAACCUCCAGUGCUACUACUAUGAGAGUCGCUGCUGCCAGCGGGCCACCAUCACCUUCCGAAAGGGCCGCCUCCGGAGCAUACGCACCUCCUCCAAGAGUGCACUGCACUUCGGCAGCAGCACUGAGUGCCAGGUGGAUGAAGUGAAAUCGAUUCCCAAGGACAGCCAGCUGGUGAGCCACCUGCUGUGUCCCCAGUGCAACCGUCUGCGCCUGCACUCCUUCAUGCUGCCCUGUCACCACAGCCUGUGUGGCAAAUGCCUGAGGCAGCUGCAGAAGAAAGCCGAGGUGACGGAGAACUUCUUCAUCCUCAUCUGCCCUGUGUGUGACCGCUCACACUGUGUGCCCUACACCCAUAAAAUGCACCUGCCCGAGAACUACCUGCGUGGCCGUCUCACCAAGCGCUACAUGCAGCAGCAUGGCUACCUCAAGUGGCGCUUUGACCGUUCCAGUGGACCCAUCCUGUGCCAGGUGUGCCAUGGCCGACAUGUCGCCCACAAACGCUGCAUCAACUGCCAUCUCAAUCUAUGCAAUGACUGUCUCAAGAACAUCCAUGCAGAUGUGUCCAGGCAGGACCAUGUGUUUGUGGACACCGGUGUGGAGGACCAGGACGAGAGGAUUUGCAUUCACCACCCGUCCAGCCGCAUCAUCGAGUACUGCCGCAAUGACGACGAGCUGCUAUGCGCUUUUUGCAAGACGUCCUUCCACAGUGGCCACGACACAGUGCCGCUCAUUGAUGCUUGCUCCGAGAGAGCCGCUGCCCUCUUCAGCGCCAUUGCCAAGUUCAAAGCAGUUCGAUAUGAAAUUGAUAAUGACCUCAUGGAGUUCAACAUCUUAAAGAGCAGUUUCAAAGCCGACAAGGAAAUGAAGAGGAAAGAGAUCCGCCAGGGGUUUCUCAAACUACGCAGCAUCCUUCAGGAGAAAGAGAAAAUAAUCAUGGAACAGAUUGAAAAUCUGGAAGUGGCUCGGCAGAAGGAGAUCGAGAAGUAUGUGGUCAUCACCACUUUGAAGGUAAACCAGAUGGAUGGCCUGCUUGCCUACUCCAAGGAGGCACUCAAGGAGACGGGCCAGGUAGCAUUCCUGCAGUCAGCCAGGAUCCUGGUGGACCAGAUCGAGGAUGGCAUCCAAAGUACCUACCGGCCCAAUCCCCAGCUCCGUGUGCAUUCUGCGCACUGCAUUCCCUUGAAUUUUUCAGAGCUUUCCAGUGCCAUCCAUCAGCUUUUCCCCACAGAACCUAAAAAGGAAUGCUCUUCUGGGGACUCUCUACCCUCUCCCUACCCUGUGCAGUCAGAAAUGAUGAUCACCAGGAAAGUAACCUUCAGCACCCACAGCUUUGACAACCAGCAGAUAUACCAGCGGAGUUCCUCCUUGUUGUCAUGUAACAAAGGUGGUGAUAAGGCCAAGAUGGGGCUGGAGUACUAUGGCAGGGCCCAGUCAGCUGCCCCUGCCAAACCAAACAAUGGCCUCUACACUUACUGGAGUGCCCCAACUGAAAACCAGCCUGUAGAAAAGUACAACAGCUUCCACAACUGGUACACGUUCACAGAAGGAUCCGUGAAAACCCCAGGCCCCAUUGUUAUCUACCAGACACUGGUGUAUCCAAGAGCUGCCAAGAUUUACUGGACUUGCCCCAUGGAAGAUGUGGACUCCUUUGAGAUGGAAUUCUAUGAACUUGUGAACACCCCUUCAAACAAUGUGCAGUCGGAGCUCUGUGGGCAUAUUCAGGACAUAACACAACAGAGUUUAGAGCUGCACAACCUGACUCCCAAUACAGAGUACCUGUUUAAAGUCAGAGCCAUCAAUGACAAUGGUCCUGGACAAUGGAGUGACAUUUGCAAGGUGACAACACCGGAUGGACGUGGCAAGAACCGAGCAAAGUGGGGUCUACUGAAGAAUAUCCAGACAGCCCUUCAGAAGCGCUUCUGA